AUGUCGAUACGAAAAGCGACCGAUUUCGUGAAAAAGACGCACAACGACGCCCUCGUCAAGGUGUCCAAGGGACUGAGCAUCGGCGUUUUCGUUCUGAACAUUGUUUUCCCGGGCAUCGGCACCCUCAUCGCGUGCUUGGUCGCGGGAAAAGCGGCGGAGGGGGUAAUGUGCUUCUUGAUGAUGUGGCUGAUGUGUUUCGUGUUCUUCGUCGGAUGGAUUUGGAGUAUCGUACACGGGUUUCAGAUUUUCCAAAAAUCAUCAGCCUCGUGA